AUGUCUAGCGUUCGCUCUCUCAAGAAAAGUGUCGACCUCGUCGCCGUGAGGGCUGCUGCCUUCAACGCACCCCGCGCCUCUGUCGGCUCCACAGUUCUGCGGAGGGAGCUCUCCUCCGCGGUGCGGGCAGCUCCCCGCAAGCCGGCUGCUAGAAUCUCCUCGCGGGUUGCAAUUCCCCAGGUGAAGAACCAGGUUGCUCGUUAUGCUUCUAGCUCUGGUGAGUCUCUGGCUAAGACUCAAUUGUAUGAGCUGCAUGAGGCUCAUGGCGCCAAGAUGGUGCCUUUUGCCGGUUACUCUAUGCCGCUGCAAUAUGCGGACUUGAGCCAUGUCGAGAGCCAUGCCUGGACUCGUGAGAAGGCUAGUUUGUUCGAUGUUAGCCACAUGGUUCAGCACCACCUGAGCGGCCCCGGUGCCCUCCCGCUGCUGAUGAAGAUCACUCCCUCGCCGCUCGACAAGCUCGCCCCGAACACUUCCACCCUUUCUUGCCUCCUGGAACAGGAGACUGGCGGCAUCAUUGACGACACCGUCAUCACCCGCCGUGGCGAGGAUACCUUCUACUUCGUCACCAACGCCGGUCGCCGCGCUGAGGACUUGGAGUUCUUGCAGUCCGAGAUCGAGGCCUACCGCUCCCAGCACGGUGCGGAUAGCAUCAAGUGGGAUAUCCUCGAGGACCGCGCUCUGGUCGCCUUGCAGGGUCCCCUCGCUCCCAGCGCCCUCCAGCCCCUCAUCAACACCUCUGCCUCCACCGCCGAAACCGACUUGAGCACCCUGUACUUCGGCCAGUGCCGCGAGCUGUACAUUACUUUGGCCGACGGCUCGGUCUCUCCUUCGCCUCUGCUUAUCUCCCGUACUGGCUACACUGGUGAGGAUGGUUUCGAGAUCUCUAUCCCCACCUCCGGUGCCGCAGACCUCCCCCAGCAGGUCGUCAACCUUCUCCUCAAGGACAGUAACACCGUCCGUCUCGCCGGUCUGGCUGCCCGUGACUCCCUCCGCCUCGAGGCUGGCAUGUGCCUCUACGGCCACGACAUCUCCACUGCCCAGACUCCCCCCGAUGCCGCUCUUGGUUGGGUCGUCGGUCGUGACCGCCGUGACGCGGCUACUGCCACUUUCAACGGUGCCUCCGUCAUCCUCUCCCAACUCGCCAGCCCCAAGACUCUCAAGCAGCGCCGUGUCGGUCUGACCGUUGAGAAGGGUUCCCCCGCUCGCGAGGGUGCCGUCGUUGUCGACCUUGCCGACCCCGCCAACCCGGUCGAGGUCGGCGUCGUCACCUCCGGUCUGCCCAGCCCCACGCUUGGCGGAGCCAACAUCGCCAUGGCCUAUGUCAAGAAUGGUCUGCACAAGAAGGGCACCGAGCUCGGCGUUAAGGUCCGGAAUAAGGUGCGCAAGGCUACCGUUGUGGGUAUGCCGUGGAUCGAGAGCAAGUUCCACCGCCCGUCUUAG